CUUAGCUCAGUCACAGUCGUUCGCAUACUCACUGUGCUGCAGUGGCUGCGAUGAAAUCCCUGUGUUGUGUCGAGAUUUAACAUAUAUUUCGUGGAUUUUGUGAUUUAUAAUCAAGAAAAUAUUGUAAGAAAUACAUAAGUUUAAAUAAAAAAUAGUGCGCUAUCCACAUAUUUUUAAAUUACUUACAGUACAAUAAUAAGUACUUAAGUGGCACAAUUAUAAUAUUUUUAUUUAUUAUUUGGUCUUAUUGUCUAAGGCCUUACUGAACUUUUAUUGAAUUACAAAAUAAAUUAACCAACGAACCAGAAACAAGAGACAGAAAGGUGCUUAUCAUGAGCUACGUGUGCACUAAAAAAUCAAUCAAUCUGUCUUACUCGGAUUAUAACACCUCUAUUUGUAAUUUGGCGGAUGAUCACGUAGUUUUGCCUCGCCACAAUUACUGUAUGAGAAAAGACAAGAUUAAGAAGUUUAAGUUGGUCAUUUUUAGAAGACACGUUAAAAUGCCUACAGCAGGGACAAUUCAUUGGCUUGGCGCUUAAAGAGUUAAGAUUUCAAAAGGAGCUCGCGAAGAGUUCGAAAAAUUCUAUUCAAAAUGGUUGCUCAAAAGAUCACCUUCACCUGUCCGAGUCGGAGCAACGAUAUCGGAAAUCAGUACAACUACUCAGACACCAAAAGAUAUGGUUUUUUCGCAAACGAGUCACAAGACUCGAAGUGUUUUGAAAGUAGUAGAAAUAGAUCGUUUAAAGGCAAACACGAGCACAGCUCAGCACGUGAACGGCUUGACCGGAUCAAUUGCCGAAGCAAAUUCAGGAGAAGCAACGCCGUCAUCGCCAGUUGCUACUACAACCACCUUUUCAGAGGAAUAUUUGAAACCGGAGCCGUUAUUCGAGAACACAAUGUUUCGGGAAUCGGACUACGAGUUCUUCCAAGAUCUGGCCUCGUCCUGCGAUCCCGCCAAGGACGAACUAGCACAGAUCACUGAUAAGUCAACAAGAACAACUGAGAUAAGGGCAAACACAAUUGACACAAUGAACACACCAUUCUCUCCCCAAAGUUGGGAUGUUAAUUCCCCCCUUGCUCAGGCAAGCUUCUAUUGUAGCACUCCAAAGGAGUCGCCUUCACCAAAAGCAAUUGACUCAUUUUCUUUUGAAGAUGUCUUAAGUGAUUACAAUAAUGGAAGUACAAUGGAAUUUUCUGAACAAUUUUUAGAUAUAAGUAGUUUGCCAGUAGUAAUAGGGGAAGAAACAUCAGAAAAAGUGGGAGAUAAAAGCUGGUCAGAGGUAGCAACUACAUAUGACUGGCCCAGUACACACAACACACAUUACACUAAAUAUACAAACAUACAAAAUAUGCCCUUUAUUCAUCAAGAAGACUCCCUCAGUCAAGAAGAUUUGAAAUACAUGGCAGUUAUACCAAGAGAAGUAGAAAUAAAUGAUGUGAUUGUAUCAGAAUAUUUAUUAAAUGACGACCAGAAUAAAGGAGGGGUUUUAGAAGAAACAGGGUCGAAAAGCUACCCUCUAGGGUUAUCUGUUAAUAUACCAGCAGCCCUUACAGCUGUCGGCCCCAAUAUCAGUACACCCGAUGUUCUUAACUACGUGGAGCAAUUGGAAGAGGAAAGUUGCCCACUUAAGGAUACGAAAGUACCAAUGAAAUGGUUAAAUGAAGAAAAAAGUGUUGUUUUUAAUGAUCCAGUUUCAAAUAUCAAAAGUAUUUCACCACAGAAUUACACUCCUAUUACCCUUAAGGAUGAAUCACAUAUCGAUUCAGAAGAGGAACCUGUCUCCAUUUCCAAUCGAAAACGGCGCCAUGACAGUGAAGAUUCUGAUGAAACAUAUACGCCGUAUAUUGAAAAUACUACAAGAAAGUAUAGGAAGCGAAAACCAAAUAUUCCAAUAAAAGAUAUGAUACUAGCAUUGGAGGGUUCACAACACUUAACAAAACCGCGUAAGCGGGGGCGCCCGCCCAAAAGGAGAGAAAGUACAGUUUCUUCAAUUUGUAGUGUAGAUGAUAACACGUCAACUAUUUCUACACAAGAAAUGAAAUAUAGAGAACUACGAGAUAAGAAUAAUGAAGCAUCUAAAAGAUCUAGAAUGAAUAGGAAACUCAAAGAACUACAAAUGGAGCAACUAGCAGAAGAACUUGAAGAAAAAAAUAAAAAGUUAACUGUAAAAGUUAAAGUUUUAGAAGAAAUGACAAUAAAAUUAAAGGAUGCAUUAAUGACAGCUAUGACACAAAAGUGAAGACAAAAUUUUACCUCUUGGACUUCAUAUUUUUGUACACAUUGCACUUCUCUUUAUUUAUAAUGAGAUGAUCUGUAUACAUUUACAGUACCACAAUGAUGCAUGUGGCGUUAUUUGUUUUGUAUAUGGGUAUCAGUGUUAUUAACCUUGGAUUUGACAAAAUGUAUAGGUAUUACCUGGGUACCUAUAAUUUUACUGGAUGUGACUUUCUAAGUAGAUUAAGAUUUCACUAUAUUAACUUGUUAGGCAUUUUACUUAAUCUUAGUGCCAGUAAAUAUUUUGUUAAUAUAUUUUUUUCAACUGUUUAUUAAUUAUUAUUAAUCUUAAAUUGGCGACAAUUAAAUGUGAAGAAUAUACUUAUUGUAAUUAUUUACAUGGCUUGGGCAAUAGUCGUUACAAAUUUAUAUUAAGUUUAUAUAUUGGCUUGCAAGCCCUUUGUUAAACAACUGUGAAAAAAGGAAAAAAAUAAUUAUUUACUAUUUAAGUAUAAACUUUGUUAAUUUAAUGAAUGGUAAAUGGCUAUUCUGAUUAUACAUAGUUAAAAUAAAUGACUUCUUGAUUUCAA